UUUCUUUAGGUGGAGUUCGCGUGCCAACUAUUUUCACUCAAGUUGAACUAUAGUUAACCUGAACGCAUAUUAGUUUGCCGGAAGUGAACCAGUCUAGUCGAAAAACACGAGCUAUUCUCCCGCGUACUAGUUGUCUUGUUGAAAGAUGGCUGACAUCGUCUGAAAGGUAGAUGUUGCACAGGAAUAAAAAUGAAUUUUAACGAUUAUCUCUAGAGAUUCAUAAUAGAUUGCACGUGUUUUUUUAUUAUUAUGAAAGCUCAAACUGAUUUAUAAAUUUUUUUGCAGAUUAUGGCCAGUGAUCAAGUGGUAAAUUCUAACGUUACGUGUAGUGAGGUAGAUCAGCUUAAAAUUGCAUUUUGGACGUGCGUUUUAUGUCAUACCGUUGAUGUGAAAAGCGUUCCAUCAUUAGAAAGACAGAGACAAGCUCGGAAAUCAAAAGUAGCUGUAGACGGCGAAUUCAGAAUAAUCCUGAGGUGCGAUUUUUGUCAUUUGGCAUUCCAUGCAAGCUGUGCAGGUUUUGAAGUUGAGUUUCUUCUGACUGGAGACACAGACUCGGAGGAAGUUUUAUGCAACCAGUGUGCAGAAAAUGGACAGGAUGAUCGAACUAAAAGUAACAAAGGGCGGAGUAAUCAAGAAAAUUAAUGUCACUCAGAACAUGGCCACAAUGCUUUUUUCAGAUGGAAUAGAUGCAGGAUCAAAACAAAGGCUUGUUGAGAACAUUUUGAGUGAACAGAAAAGAUCAGAAAAUACACAGCAAAGAGAAUCAUUGCCAUCAUCAGAAAGUAUACAGCAAAGAGAAUCAUUGUCAUCAUCAAAAAGUAUACAGCAAAGAGAAUCAUUGUCAUCAUCAGAAAGUAUACAGCAAAGAGAAUCAUUGUCAUCAUCAGAAAACUCUCUGCAAAGCACAUCAUCUGAUUGUCAAGAAUUAAGUAGCAGUUUCUCUUCACCAGAACCCGUUUACCAGAGGCCAGAGUGGACAGAAUCUCAGGAAUCCUUGCUUAUUGACCUAAGGCACGAAAUGGAUAAGUCAUUUACAACAACUAGAAAUCAUCUUUCCCUCUGGCAGAAAAUUACGGAAAAAAUGCAAGAAAUUUUGAAUGUAUCAAUUUCCACCACUCAGGCAAUGUAUAAGUACAAUGCAUUAAAAAAAAGUGGAAAGAGAUCAUUGACAGCCCAACUGGUUCCGCUGCAAAAAAAUUUGUUCACAAAAGAGUGUUUGAUGAGCAUUAUGGUACGAAGUGUCGUAAACCAGCGUAUGUAAUAGAUACAGAUAAAAGAGAAAGUCAAAGCACAGAGUCUGAUUCAACAGAGAGUCAAAGCACAGAGUCUGAUUCAACAGCAAGAAAAGCAGAAAAAAGUAAACCAAGAAAAGGAAGGAGAGAUGAAGAGGAAUUUGCGAGUUUAUUAGAGAAACAUCAUCAAGAUUUCACUAAAAUGCAUACAGAAAAAAUGGAAAGAUUUGAUAAACUUAUCAGUUUAAUUGAGAUGGACAUUAAGAGCAAGAAAAAUUGAUUAUGUGGAACUAUGCAAGCAGAGCUGUUUAAUUAUGCAUUGCCAAUUUCUGAAAUAUGUGUGCAAGAUUUUUUUAUAUACUAAAGGAUUCACCUUUAAUUUUUUUUUCAGAAAGUUUCCUUAGUGAUUUUGUAAUUUUACAUUACUUUGUUGAACAUGUUGAAAUUUGUUAUCAAUUUAUGGUACAUUGAUCUGUUAACAUGUAUACUAAGCUAUAUUGCCUUACAUGAGUUGUGUGUACAAUUGUUUUGAGAUCAGUGGUUUUGUUCUAAUCAAACUACACACAUGUUUAUUGCCUAUAAGUAUAUUUUUGCAAAGCUGACGUGUGAACAAGACUGAUGAAACGUAAAUUGAUGCAGUUGUUUGGUCACUAAAGUUACAUGUACUUACCAUACAAUGUAUUUCAAGAUUGGGGUCAUAAAAAGAAUGUAAAAUCCAACAAAUAAUGGAUUCUUUAAAGAUUAUUAUUUAUAGAACUCUUUCAAUGUUUUCUGAAAUCUACUUGUAAAUGUUUAACUACCAUGCCUAGUCCCCUUUGCCAUUGUAGACCCUGUUUAAAUAUUAUUUGAGUUGUAAAAUAAUAUGGUCUCUAAAGAAAGAGUUUAAUACUUAAAAAAUUGUUUUAUUUCAAAUGGGAUUGACCUGAUUUUAUUCUUCAUUUUGUUGAUAUAUAUGUGAAUGCACUGUUGCAUAUAUUUUAUUUACCAAAGUCUCUUUCAUUCCAUAAUGCCAUUCACAGAUAGUGAUUUUGUUAUGUUCUUUUUGUUAUAAAAUAAAAAAAAAUGUUUUCUAAAAAUUUUAUUUUUGGAAUACUGUUUUACACCUGGAAUAUUUAUACAGACAAGGUAAAUUCAAUGAAGUUUGUAGCGUUUAAACUUGUAGAGCCUGUACCAAUUCCGUUCUGCGCACAAUUCCACUAAGUCCAUCAUGAAACACGUUUUGGCACUGGUUCGCAUCAACAUCUUCUUCUAGUUCUACAUCCAACUGUUGUUCAACAUCGUCACUGUUCAUAAUGCACAUAUUAUGCAAUACAGAUGUAACAAUUAUUAAUUUGGUAAUGACCUCGGGGUUCAUUAGUGGAACAUCUCUUAGGAUUCGGAAUCUCGUCUUUAGUAGACCAAAUGCUCUCUCCACUGAUUGUCGUGCGCUUGAAAGUGUUUUGUUAAAUUGAAUAACCUCUGGCCUUAAGUGUCCAUAAUUUUUAAAUGGUGAAAUCAGCCAGUUCCUCAGUGGGUAUGCAUUGUCGGCUAGAAGAUGAUGCCCUUGGAUAAACAGUUCCCCAGC